AUGAUCCAACUUCGACUUUGCUCCGUGUUGGGCCUUCUUCUGCUGGCUUCAAGUGCCAUUGCAGCAACCGUCUCAUACGACUGGGACGUGACUUGGGUCAAUGCCUCUCCCGAUGGCUUUGAACGCCCAGUCAUCGGCAUUAACGGUGCUUGGCCAUGUCCUACAAUUGCGGCCAAUGUCGGAGACACAAUUGUUCUCACCAUCAACAACCUACUCGGCAAUGAGACAACUGGAAUUCACUUCCACGGCAUCGACCAGAUCAACACAUCGUGGAUGGAUGGUGCCAACGGUGUCGCCCAGUGCUCCGUGCCCCCUAAUUCUUCCAUUACAUAUCGUUUCUUGACCACUCUCAUGACAUGGGCCAAUACCCGGAUGGUCUCCGAGGACCCUUGA